AGAAACAUUUCAAAAGCAUGAGAACGGGACCGUGAUUGAGGAGAGCGGUCGAAGAAGGCACACGGUCCAUUGCGAUACCGUGGAGUACCAGCGUAUACGUACGUUUCAGCACGGGUGGCGCACACUGCGGACUGACACUUCGUCUCCGCCAAUAUCCACCGCCAUCAAACCCACCGUUGAUGACAGAGUCGCAUUGGCUGUGGAGGAGUCAACAUGCCUCUAAUCCUCCCGCCGGCGAUGACAGCUCUUCCAUUGAUCGAACCAGAAUCAAGUCCGGAAACCAUGCUUGCGGCGGAAGCAUUAAUUAGAGCAGAAAUGCUGCCAGAGCAGACGAGCGCGCUGCACCCAUCCCUACCCCCCAUUCGUAAAUCUAAGCCUUCAGACCUCAUCGAGCAGGAGUACACUCGUCUUGGUGCCGGACUACCAAAGGAUGCGGACACCGGCAUCGAUCUCUCACGCUACGACGCGCCGGAAGCGCCGGCGCAUGGCUCGGACAAGGAAUCCUGGAGCGCGGCGUUGCGUCAAGCCUACGCUUCGGCAGAAUACCUUCGCGGUCGUGAGGUCAAUCUCGGCCUGUUGGAGACGUUCGGGAAGACUGCGUGGCUAGUGAGCAACAGCAAUCUGGAGGACGAGCUACGGAGCCUUGAGCGAGAUGUCGAAGCCGCUAAGCUGGAGCUGGAGGAGACCGAGCAAGCGAGAAGGGCUGUGCAAGGUAAUGCUGCUGGUGAAAUGCGGGGGCUUGAAGAGAGUUGGCGGACUGGUGUUGGGAGGAUGAUUGAGGCGCAAGCGGCUGGGGAGCGGUUACGGCAGGAGGUUCUGGGAAGGAGGAGGGCGGGCGCUACAUGAACCACGCCGGGGAUCGGUGCUUGCUUGCAUGCAUUCAGUCGGAUGUGGAGAAGAUGCCCUCCUCUUCAACUUGCCUGCAGACGAUGUCAGCACGCUUCUAGAGGUCAACGUACUACCGCUGUCACCCCCAUCCAGGCAUAUGCAUCCGAAUGACCAACCGUGUACCCAGUCAGCCUACUUAGGCUCGGUACCGUUGCAUGCAGCGUAGCGUGGUCCGGCAGCAAGUACAUACGUUGUCG